AUGCCAGGUGGCUCUCUGCUGCUGUUGACAGCUGCAGCGGCAGUUCUGCUGCUCAGCUGCCCGCCAGGCCCUGUGGAAGCCUGGGGACAUGUGGAGAUGGGCCAGCCAGGACCCCUGCAGGGUUGCUGUGGUGGGAGGGGCAUUGCACGAAAGGUGUUGCUGCAAGUGGAACCUCAAACAGCAGAGUCCCCAGGGCAGCAGGAAGGCAGCCUGACAGCGGGGCCACCGCCACCUGUCACAUCCGGUGUAGCGCAGUCGCCUCCUGCCGAGCCGCCCCCAGAGCCUCAGCCGCCCGAAGUAGCUGCCUCUCCUUCACAGAACCCAGACUCGCCAGCCGCCGCUCCAGAAGCCCCUGUGGCAUCCCCUGAGCAGCAGCAGCAGCCAGAGGCUUCCCCACCCGUCACUCCAUCUGCCGAGACCUCUCCAUCGCCGAACAUCCCCCAGCAGCAGCCAGACAGCAGCCCCAGGAGCCCAUCGCCGGUGCCGGCCGCGGACAGUAACCCUUACUACACCCUGGCCAAGAAGCGGAUGUUCCCUCUGCGGCCCUCCACCCCGGUGCUCGAAAAUGGCACCGCCUAUACAAGGGAGCCUGUUGACACGAGCUCAGCAGGGCGUUCGGGAGAGGCAUCUCCGGCAGCACAAGGAUUGCCGUCACCUCCUGCAGGGGGCGAAGGAGAUCAGAUGUCGCUGCUGGCGUUCCGCAUGCAGUUCAUAGUGGCGGGGCCGGGGUUAAUCCCCUGGGCCUAUGAUACUCCCUUCCUGGCCGGCAUGAAUGAUUACCUCGGCCCGAACUCCGGAGUUGGCAACCUCACGAUCCGUAACUGGGCCGAGGUCAAUCUUGCCAACUUCCCGGAGGUGCCAGCGCUGCUGAGUCUGCCAAAAGACGGGCUGGGGUCGCCGGUGUGGAUAAUUAUGACUGGCACAACCACGGCGCUGCGCGGAUACAACCGGCUCAUCUCGCGCAUCGUGCCUCUGACUGCCGCCUCGCGCUCGGCCGACCUCAUCCCUUACAUGGUGGCGGACGGGCUGAAUGUGACGAGGGUCUUUCUGUACAACUUGGACUACGGCCCAUUCACGCAGCUGCCUCCGGCCGUGCCGAGCGCGCCGCCAGCCGUGCAGUCGCGGCAGGUGCCGCCACCUGAUCGCCGACCGCCAUCCGGAGGCGUCCCCUCCGCCGCCGCGCCGGCUGGCGCCGCCGCGGCGGCCGGCGCGUCGGCCGCGGCUCAGAGCGACGCCAAGGCCAACGUGGGGAUGAUCGGCGGCGUGGUGGCGGCCGGGGUUGUGGGCAUAGUGGCGGCUGCUGCGUUUCUGUUCCUGUACGCGCGCACACGCAGGCGCAAGGCCGAGCACUUGCUGGCCCUGCACUCCUCUGGGCCGUCGGAGGGGCACAGGCGCAACCGCAGCUUUGAUUGGGCGGGGCGGCUGUGGGGUCCCCCCUCUCCCGGACCCCCCGGGACCCCCAACCUGAGGGGCAAGGCCUCCCUGGCGCAGGCGCGCUCCAGCGCCCUGAGCGCUCGGCGCAGCGACCCUUGGGCCAUAGACCCCGCAGAGAUCCACGUCAUGCAGCAAGCCGACGGCCAGCCCUGGGUGCUCGGCGAAGGCGCCUCCGGAUCGGUGUACAAGGCGACCUGGCGGGUCCAGACUGUGGCGGUGAAGAUGCUCACGCACACCACGGAGAAGCAAAUGGAGGCGUUUCGCAGGGAGGCCUUCAUACUGGAGGACUUGAAGGACGCCAACAUAGUGCAGUUCAUGGGCGCCUGCUUUGAUGAGGGCAGCACCAUGCUGGUCACAGAGUUCAUGGCGGGGGGAAAUCUGUUUGACGCCAUCGGCAACGACCGCUCUGGCAAGCUCGGCUGGUACCAGAGGGGCCGCAAGAUAGCGAUGGAUGUGGCGCGAGGCCUGGACAAGAUGCACAGCCGCCACAUCAUCCACCUCGAUCUCAAGUCACCCAACGUCCUCCUCACCGCCGGCGGCACCGCUAAAAUCGCGGACGUGGGCCUGUCAAAGAUCCUGGUGAACGAGAGCACGAUGAUGACCAACUUCCAGGGCACCUUUGAGUGGGCGCCCCCCGAGCUGAUAAACGGCGGCGAGUGCAGCGAGAAAGCCGACAUCUACAGCUUUGGCGUCAUCCUGUGGGAGAUCGUCACCGCCGAACGGCCCUUCCGCAAGCAGUCUCCGGAGGAGUGCCCUGCGGAAAUAGCAAACUUGAUCAGGGACUGCCUGUCACCAGAGCCCGAGUCGCGGCCGUCAUCCACCGUCAUUUUUCACAUCCUGCAGCAGCAGGCCGCCCUCGCUCCUCACCUGUCCACUCCGGAGGCAACGCCCCGCGACAGUGCUGAUGUGUCUGCACACACCAGGGAGGACGCGUCCACAUCAGCGCGAGCGGCUGACGCGGCCGCCCCGGUGCUGCCAGCUGUGCCGCCGGCCGUUUUGGCGCGCGGCCCAGGCGCGGUCAUGGAAAAGGUGGCGUUGCCUCCCAGGCCGAGCACGCCGAUAGGGGAGAGGAUGCCGCCCGGGCUGCCCAAGUCACCCAGCCGGCCGCCGCCCACAAGCGACACGACAUCAGUUGGCACACCCAGCGGCAAUGGGCUGCCUCGCAGACCCUCUGCCACCACCACAGCCACCAGCAGCUCCCAGGAGACUGAGGGUCUGGUAGGGAGGCAGAGCGGCCUUUCCGAGCCGACUUCAUCCUGGCUUCCCUCGGGGGGCACGUCCACGUCAGCGCCAGGUCAAGAGCUUCCCAGCAGCAGCGGCCGGGAGAAGCGACUGCGACUAUCGGGGCAGCCAAACGCCAAUGGCUUUGCUGGCGCUGCGUCGUCGCUGAUGUCAGCGGCUUCAGGCGGCUUCACGCAGGGGGUUAGCGAGCGGCCGGGGGGACCCAUUGGUAGUACAUCUAGGGGCCUGGGCUUCGCGCCUGAUGAGGACGUGCGAUGGGCAGGCUCUGAUCACGACAUGGAUUCCGGGCCACCGGUCCGGCACAUCGCGUGGCACAAGUAUGACUUCAUCAUCCAGACCAGCUGUCUUCUGACAGCCUUUGUAUUGUCGCUUCGGUAUAUCAUUCGAUCCGCUUCCGGCAGUGUCGAGGCGCAGUCUCUGAUUCUGGCCGUCCUUUGCUCCGUCUUCGUCGCCCUGACAGGCUACGUGGUCGCCAAGAUGGCGUACAGCAUCCACCGACGGUCGCGCGCGCUGGCGCACCUGCCGGGACCCAAGUACCCGUGGCUGCUGGGGGACAUGGCCUUUCUGGCGCGCAAGGAUCCGCAUCGGGCCGCCACCGAGCUGGCCGAGCGCUACGGGCCGAUCGUCAAGAUCCGCGUCAUGUGCUUCCAUUGCGUGAUCAUCACGGAUCCUGUUCUGGCGACGCAGAUCCUACGCAGCAAGGUGGUCGACAAGAUGCGCUUUGCAUACUCCUUCCUGGACCCGUUCCUGGGCGGCGAGAAUCUACUGACUGGACACACUGACGAGCACUGGAAGGCCGUGCGCAAGGCAGUGGCCCCGGCAUUCAGCGCCGGCAACAUGAGGGACGCCCUCGAGCACGUGGUUGACCGGACCAUGGCGCUGGUGGACUACCUGAAAGAGGGGGGACCCACGAAGGUGCACAACGUGGACAACCUGCUCCUGCGCGAAUCCAUGGACGUCAUCGGGCGGUUUGGGUUCCAGAAGGAGAUGAACGCGCUGCACAGCCUGAGGACCGGGAACGCUGAGGAGACGGAGGCGGUGGCGUCCCUGCUGGGCAGCACGCAUGAGAUCGAGCGCCGCAUCCAGGAGGUGUACCGCUGGUGGCGCCUGUGGCUGCCCGACGUGCGCGCCGGGUGGGGCAUGCUCGGCCGCUUCCAGGCAAUAAUCCAGGGCCUCCUGGAGCACAUCAAAGCCGGGCAGCCUAAGCCGGGCAGCUUCGCGCAGCUACUCCUCAAGGCCAAGGACCCCAAAACCGGCCAACGGCUGUCUGAUGAGCAGAUGUUCCCCGAAAUCGUUGCGCUGUUCUUCGCAGGCAUCGAUACCACCGGCCACACUGGCACCUUUGUCCUGUACACCAUUUCGCAGCACCCAGAGGUGGAGGCAAAGAUCAUGGAAGAGCUGGAGUCUCUGGAGCUGACCAUCACUCCCGACCGCCCCACACCGCGGCCGAUGGUCUACGCCGACCUGUCCAAGAUGGUGUACCUCAAUGCCGUCAUCAAGGAGGUGCUGCGGAUGUACCCUCCGGUGGGCAUCGGCCAGAUCCGGGUGAGUCACUCGCAUGAUAUCACCCUGGCGGGCCGGCUGCACAUCCCGGCUGGCACGCAGAUCUGGGUUCCCCACCACGCCAUCCAGAACGUGUCCUUCAACUGGGACGACGCUGACAAGUUCAAGCCAGAGCGGUGGUUAACUCCCGGGACGGAGUACGCGGUGCCGGAGAAGCUGCCGCUGCCGCGCGAGUGGUACAGCGACUGGGACCGGGACGGCGCGGCCGACACAAACGGCGGGGCAUUGAAAAGCGCGAACUCCGGCCCAGCCGGCGGCACAGACGUCGAUGAGUCAAGCAACAGCAAGCGGCCCAAGCGCUACUUUCCCUUUGCUGAGGGCCCGCGCAACUGUGUGGGCCAGAACCUGGCAAAGGUGAGCCUGCUGGCCACAGCCGCCACGCUCCUGCAGCACUUCUCCUUCAAGCUGGCAAAAGAGAUGGGAGGUCCUGAGGGUGUGCGUGCGAGCGAGCAUUACACAUUGGUGAUUGGACUGAGCAACGGCAUGUCCAUGCAUGCGACCCCGCGCCCCGGCGUCAUGUGA